GCUUUCAGCCAAGGAUCCAUUGGCAACCUUUUCUAUGUCAACUUCAUGAUAAGUGAAUUUUCCUACCUGAAUAUCACAAGUAUUGGACGGAAUCUUAUUCAAGACGAAAACGAUUGUGGUUACGCCUGUCUAGAAAUUCCCUCGUGUUUUUCGUACAACGUGGCUGCUUUCCCUGAUGUCAACGGCAAACUUCUGUGCGAACUCCUGCCAUCGGACAAGUUUAACAACUCAGAAAAGUUCAACGCCAGUAAAGAGUUUCAUCACUUCUUUAUUCCGGUGAGUCAAGCUUCUAAAUGAUCAAAGUUGUUUCGCUCAAUAACCCUUUCGCUGCCAAAUGUGGCCGAAGGCAAAAUUCGAUAAGAAUAUCCAAAUUUCAUUUCUUAAAAUGUACGGGCAGGGAGGUUUCAUUUGAAUGAUCACUCCAUAGGAUUUCGUCCACGGAUUUAAACAUUUGAGCCAUCUUACAAACUCCAUCAUUCCCCCUGACAGUGAGAGAGUUUUAAGAAAAAAUGCUCAAUAAUCCUCACCCCUUACGGGAUCUCUCAGGGAUAAUGAAACAGUGAGAUGAUUCAAAGGAGACAUAACAUGGUUAAAAAUCCCAAAUGGUAGGAGGCGAACCAGUUGGCUAUUUUAAAAAUGACUUAGCAUUUGAACACUGGACUAACAAAGAACAAUCAAGCAAGUAGACAGAGUGGUACUUGAACUCGGGACUUCCGGAUUACAUGUCCAGCGCUCUAACCUCUCGGCCAUGCUGCCUCCUCCUUUUUAUGGAAAUACUGCGUAGAUAUUCUUAUCUCUCUGCAUAGUUAGUUACGGGCUUCGUAUGAUCGAAUUCUAGGGGGCGGGGGGGCGCGCAGGCAUUCAGAAUUCUCUUUACCUCGAAUACGAAAGAAAACAUUCAUCAUCAAUCAUCAAUCUUUGUUUAUAAUCGUAUCAUUUUACAUGGUCUUCCUAGGAAUCGUGUUUAGAACUAGACUAAAAUACUCUAAGGAACUAUUGACUAUAAUGUUAAAAAUACAAAAACUUACAUUAUGAAUAAUAAGAGUUUCAAUGGGUCAUGGUGUAUUAGAGAAAUCUUUCCCAUGAAUUGAAGUUUUAAAAACGUUUAAACUAGGUAGUUUUCUAAUCUCUGGGGGAAUCUUGUUCCACAGAACAGAUCCUCUGUAGUGUAGGCUCCCUUUUGCAGACUCAGUUCUGGGUCUGGGGACAUAAUAAUUUAACUCAGAAUUUCUAAGAUUGUGUGAAUGUACAUUUGAGGUGUUGGUAAAGAUCCGCCUCAGAUACGAUGGGGAAAGAUAAUUAUGGAUUUUAUACAUUGUCACAGCCAACUGUUUAAGUCUUACAUAUUCUAGCCUUUCCCAGCCAAGCUCAUCCAACAACACACUUGAGCGAACGUCAUAGUUAGAAAAGGUGAGAAUUCUAGCAGCCCUAUUCUGCAGCUUUUGAAGUUUGUCUGCUAGUCCCUUAUUGAUAUUACCCCAUACGGCACCACAGUAAUUAAAAUAUGGCAUUAGCAGUGCAUUGUACAUAUUAACUCUAGUAUCAAAUGGUAUAAAAUGACUUACACGCCUUAAGAUAGCAAUACCAGAGGAUAUUUUCUUUGAAAUGGUAUGAAUGUGUGGGCGCCAGUUCAAAGAUUCAUCAAUUUGAACUCCAAGGGAUUUAUGUUUAAUUACUCUUUCUAAGGGUGUAUUAUUGACUUUGACUGUGAAGUCACCAUUUAUUUGGGAUAACUUAAACUGGCUCCCUAUAAGCAUGUAUUUAGUCUUCUUAACAUUUAAAGUUAAUUUGUUUGCUGACAGCCGUGACUGGAUUAAAUUCAUAUCAUAAUUCAUUUUAUGUUCAAGGACACAUGGGUCCUCUGCAGAUGUGGCAAGGGUAGUAUCAUCUGCAUACAUUCUGGGUUUUGAAAACAAAUUACAUGAAGGGAAAUCAUUACUAUAAAUAGUGAAUAAGGGAGGGCCUAAAAUAGACCCCUGUGGAAUACCACAUGUUAUAUUACAGAAAUCAGAUUGAACUCCAUCAAUGAACGUUUGUUGCUUUCGGUCAGAUAGAUAGGACUGGAACCAGUUAAGAGAUUGAGAACUGACCCAAAAGAGUUUAAGCUUUCCCAGAAGGAUAGCAUGAUCCAUGGUAUCAAAAGCUUUUUUCAAGUCCAGGAAUAUCACACCAUUUAAGAGACUGUUGUCAAUAUUCCAUAGCCAUUCAUUCGUAGCCUCAAGUAAAGCUGUUUCAGUGGAAAACAUAGGUCUGAAGCCAGAUUGUGAUUCAGUUAACAAGUUAUUAUUAUUUAAAUAUUCAUAUAAUUGAUUAAAAACAACUCUUUCAAUUAAUUUACUUACUACAGGCAGAACUGAGAUAGGUCUGUAUUUGUUAGGAUCAGUCCUGGGGUCUUCUUUAAAUAUUGGCGAAACUCUAGCUCGUUUCCAAGGAAAUAUUCCAGUGGUAAUUGACUGAUUUAUUAUAAAAGUUAGACUGCGAGUAACUAUGGGGGACGCUUCUUUCAGGAGACGUGCUGAGAUGUUAUCAAGACCACUGGCUUUAUUACUCGGUAUUUUCUGAAUUAAAUUGAAGACCUCCUGGUAUGAUACUUUUGCCAAAUAAAAAAUGUGUUCUGCGGGGGGUAAUAUAAUCAGUAAAAUUACUGGAUGUAUCUUUAAUUUCAGAGGCUAAGGAAGGUCCUAUUUUGGAGAAAUGUGUGUUGAGUAUAUUACCGAUUUCGAUGGCGUCAGUAUUUAUAGUAUCCCCGGUGUCCAGCUGAGUUAUCUUAUUAAAUUUAGGUUCAUUUCCAAUUAGUCUAUUAAUUCCUUUCCAAGUAUUCUUUAUGUUUCUGCAGUUAUCUUUGAAGAAGGCAUUGUACUAGUUCAUUUUAGCAUUCUUAGUUUCAUUAUAAUUAACCUUAUUCUUCAUGUGUUUGUAAGAAGUCCAAUUGCCAUCUGUUGGGAAGCUUGAGGCUAAUUUUUUGAGUUUGUCUCUCUGAAACAUUAGCCUUUUUAGCUCUGGAGUAAUCCAGGGGGAAGAGAUUCCUUUAAGUCUCUUCUUCUUUAGUGGUGCAUGGCUAUCAGCAAUGUCUAAGAACAUAUGUUGCCUUAUAUCCCAAGCAAUGUCAGGAUUAUGCUCCUCUUCAAUCAGAUGCCACGGGACCAUAGAUAAAUCGGUUGGGAAACUGUCUGGAAUACAGUUUUAACGGCAUUUGCUCGUUAGUGUUUUUGGAUAUGAUUUGGGGAUACAAAUCUUCCUUAUUACAUACACCAGACAGUGAUCACUGAUUCCGAUAUCGGCGACUCCAGAAAAUUCCACGGAUGAUUACUUAAAAACUUAUUAAUAAUAGAUGAUGUGAACUGUUAUACGUGUUGGCUGGUAAAUUAAUUGGCUGUACUAGUAGCUAUCACAUUUAUCUACAAUUACACUUUAGGUCAUCACCGAUAAUGUGAACCUCCAUAUGAUAUGAGUCCAAUUUUUGCAAUACAUCUUCAAAUCUGUUCAUCCUUUCAGUGGUGGACCUAGGAGGCCUCUGCCAAGUGCACGCAAUAGAUGGUUUUGCUUUCGGUUUUGACACUUGAAUACUGAUCAGUUCCAUGUUAUCAUCUGGGAGGUCAGUGAGACGCUUAUAAUUUAUUGAGUUCCUAAUAUAGAGGGCCACACCACCCCCAUUUCUAUUUCUAUCUUUCCUUUCAAGGGUAUAUCCAGGGAUACUGACCUCACCAUUUUGAAUAGAGCUGUCAAGACGAGUCUCAUUAAUAGCUAGUAUAUCAACUGUCUUGGACAGCAUAUAGAUCCUAAGCUGGUCAAUAUUUUUAUACAAGCUGGCCAAAUUACUAGAAGCAAUUUUAAAUCCUCUAGUUACUGGAAUACCCAAUUUUGGCUGUACGUGUGCGCUACUUGAAAAUCUGUUAGGUAAAUCUGUCGGAGUUUUUGGACGAACUUGGCUAUUAUUAUCUAAUUCAAUAUGGGAAUUUGUAGCGGAAUUAUUUAUAUCACUAUAACCAAAACAAGAGAGUGAGUUCUCUGAACUAUAUGUAUCUAAUAGUUACCUUAGCAAUUUCUAUUUGUAAAAUUAACGGUAGUGAAAUGUUAUACCUAUAGACUGGCAGCUUCCAAUGCCCAGUCGUGCUUCCUCAGUUCAUUAAAAGGAAAUUUGGAUGAUCGGACUAAGUUUAUGAGGCAUACUGGUUCAAUGUUGAUCUCUCCACAAAAAUGUUCUCCAUCAAAAAGCUAUAAUUUAAGAUAUUUUGCCUGAAAUCGGCAGAAAAAAGUAUUAUAACUUCAGCCUGGGCUAGAAAAACAAUGUUCUUAUUUAAAAAAAAAAAAGGGAUGUAAAGUCAAUAACACCGCCCAUUAUGUUGCCGAUGCCCUCGAGAUGAAGACUUCUACUUUGUGCUAUUCUGGGAUUUAGACAACCUCUGAUGGCAAUUCGUCUAUAUACAGAAACUUUCCAACAACAGUCGGACUCCAGUAAGCGACCGUUUAAAUUGCGAAGAGUUAGCAGUCGCUGACGAGGGUCGAACUGCAUGCAGGAAAUCUUUUGCGAGGAGAAGUGCGGACACAUCUACUUUUUGAAGAGUUUAUUGUUUAUUGUUUUGUUUGCCAAAAAUUAAACAAAUCAAAUAAAAUCUAAUUACCUUAACUCUCAUGGCGAGGAAGCCCAAGAGAAGCCACCGGGCUUAUAAGGAAUGGGCUCCCUCAGUUAGAUAAUUAGAACAAAAUAUUAUCAUAAUUACACACGGGAAAAUCAAUGGCAGAGCUACAGUAAAUCUUAAAAUAAGUAUAUUAGAUAGUCGUACUAAUCAUAGUUCUAGGCUAAAAAAAGCGAAAUGACAAAAAGAAAAAAGAAAAACAAAAACAAAACAAAAGAAAAUAAAGGAGCAAAGGGAGAAAAAAAAUACAUAUAUUACUAUUUAUGAUAAGAGGAAUCCUUUCAGCUUACAGCAAAAGGAAGCGGUACUUGUUGCAUUUCGAAUUUCAAAACUAAGGGAGUUAAAAAAUUUAGGACCUUGGAAACUGAUGGAGAAUUUUCUUAUAUUAGUCCUGCAUUGUGGUAAAUAAAAAUGCUCCGAACUUCUAGUGCCAUAAGAAUGCACCUGGCGUGUCACCAGAAACAUGUUAUUGAAGCUAUAAGGAAGUAAGCCAGAUCUGUAUUGAUACAUAAAUUUUCCUAUUUGAAGUUUGUAGAUACCCUCAAGAUUCAGAAUUUUUAAAUUUUUAAAUAAGGGGUCAGUGUGAGCAUCGAAAGCACUCCUCGACAUUAUUCUUACGACCCGUUUUUGAAGUGUGAUUAAUCUUCUGAGGUUUGAUGGGUAGGUCGAUGCCCAGACGCUCACGCAGUAGAAUAAGUAUGGGUAGAUAAGGCUAAAAUAAAGCAUCCGUAAGGAGGAAUUAUUAAGGCAAAAACUUGAUUUAUAAAUUAUACCUAUGGCUUUAGACACUUUCCUAGCAACAUUAUGUAUAUGUGAUUUCCAUGUUAAAUGUUCAUCCAAAAUUACACCAAGAAAAGUAGCUUCCUUAACACGGUCAAUCGAAUAAUUACUAAUAUUAAAAGCUAAAUCAAGUGUUUGCCUGUUUUGUCUCGGUCUGAAUAUGAUAAAAUUGGAUUUCUUAACAUUAAUAGAUAGCUUAUUUGUAUAAAACCAACACGUUAUCUUUUUCAAUUCUAAAUUUACAACUUCCAUAAGAUAGGAAGCAUCAGUAUGCGAAUAGAAGAUUUUAGUGUCACCAGCAAAUACUAUCAGCUCUAAGACCUUUGACACAUUACACAGAUCAUUUAUAUAUACGAGAAGAGAAUGUAUGGCAUCGAAAUUUAGGCUGACAAUUAUUGAAAUACAUGCUGUUCCGACCAAAAGUUCUUUUCAAAAUCCGGAGUUGCUUAGUUUAUACAGAAACACAGAGAUCAGACCAUUAUAUCAGGUGGUCGCCUAGAUGAGGUUAAGAACAAAGGAAAAUUCUAAAAUCGCCAUCAUAGAAAAGUUGUCGCGGUCUCUGACGAUAGGUCGUCGUUUAAGCCCGGGGGAAGUUGCAACUUAAGGUCUCCGUAUGGGAAAAUUUUAGUGUUUUAAAUAGAUGGUCGCUUAUUGCAGGUGGUCGCUUACUAGAAGACUCGAUUUCGAUUGUGAAGGAAAAGUAAGUCUUGAAUUAUGCCUCCAUUUCUACAUAUUAAACCUUCAGUUGUUUCUAAACCAAGUAAAAUCUCUACACGGAAGUUGAAGAAAUCCAGCUGGACAUGUAAAUGAGAUCCUUGAUAUUUAUAGCAACACAAAAUAGCUACAGUUAAAAUAUUCGCAUUUCCUGUUUAUUAACAUGCAAACAGAGAUGUCAAUGAAGUAUGUCUUGGUGAUACAAUGUCCUUAACCUCGGGCAGAAUGGAGCUGUACAUAUUGGUGCUUUUAGCCUCCGUUAGUUAUUUAAACAAACACGAACGAGGUGCACUUACUCGCUCUAUUAAGAGUUUGCCUGUGCCAAUCGCAGGAUGUUGUUACGGCAACGCAAAUUUAAAACCACAAUCGCCACCAGUAAUUUUGAAUCCGCUGAAAUUUCUUCUUUUUAUUAAUGAGCAGUUUUCGUCAAUAAUAGCCCAAUUUCUAGCAUUGAAAAUUUCCGGCUUCAUUUUAUUGUUAUUUUUUAAGCUCAGCUACCUUUUACCAGGAUAUGGACCCCGUACUACAAUAGUUUAAACAGUCUUAACAGUUGACCACUUUCCGCAAAAACCAAUUACUGAAAGGAUUUAAGUUAAGAAAAAUGACGUAAUAAACAAACUGACUACCUGAAAAUAUAGAAUCCUAGUGGUGGAUAAGGCACCGAAAUCCUUGUUCUUUCUUUGAAUUCUCAGGGCUAAUUCAAUAACGAAAUGUUUGGCGACCAGUCUAGAGAGAAUUUAUAUCGUGGAUAUUGGGGUUUUUAAAAAUGGUUAAUCCUUAGAACCAAGAACCAAAUAAAGGUUUGUGCAAAUUCUGACAUGUAGGAGCGGUAGUAAAGGCGCCGGAUCACAUUUCCUAGCCGUUCCAUGUAAGGCAGACAGAAAUCCGGGAGAUUCUUGCUUGUUGAAUCCGAACUCUGAAAAAAUUUUGCUUGUGAAAUUUGGAAUCCUGGGCUUUGGAAUUCGGAAUACCGCUCGAGAAACCACAGGUAGCCCAAGCUCACUAUGAGAGCCCUGAACAACAUUAUCCUACUUAGCUAAUUAAUUAUUCAUACAGCAAGAAAAUUAUAAGACGUUGUAUGGAGAAAUAUUCUUUGCUCACUAAAUUAGCAAAAUGUACAUUGAAUAUCGCUUUGAAGCUUACCUUUAGCGUCUUCUUGUUUUUCUUUGUAUUCUGACUGCAUUUUCACCUCCUAGAUGUCAUCUGUUUAAAAACUUUUUGGAAAAAGGCCUUUUUCAGUGCCUAGAGGUCUGUGGGUGCAGUCAGAAUACAAAGAAAAACAAGAAGACGCUAAAGGUAAGCUUCAAAGCGAUAUUCAAUGUACAUUUUGCUAAUUUAGUGAGCAAAGAAUAUUUCUCCAUACAACGUCUUAUAAUUUUCUUGCUGUAUGAAUAAUUAAUUAGCUAAGUAGGAUAAUGUUGUUCAGGGCUCUCAUAGUGAGCUUGGGCUACCUGUGGAGAAACCUGGAAUCUCACUAAUGAUUGAAAUCCAGAAUAGAAGGUCCCCUCACAAAGACUGAGAUUUAGUACCUGGAAUCCGGAAUUCAUGGCGUCAAUCCAGAAUCGACGGACUGUCUCGGAUUUCCUAGCCUGCGUCGCAGACGUAAUUUAACCCCGUGUAGUAAAGUUUACAAGGCAUCGCCGAAAUCCUUGUUCUGGACCCCCAACGGACUACCGGAAAUUACCGAAUUACCGGAAAUGCGUUUCAAAUUUGCUUUCAACCUGAUUGUUUUUUUUUUAACGGGCCAAUCAUGGCGCGUAUUCAAAUCCUGGUACACAGGUGGAGGCCUAGCUGGAACUGUUUCGCAGAUGGACUUAACCAAAGUUUAGUUUCGACUGUGGCGCAGGCAAGGAUUCCCUACCCUUACAUGGAACGAUCCUAGCCUGCCUAACAAGCGGUAAUUUUGGUAUGUUUUUCGCUGAGUUUCGUAAAAAAAGAGCUCAAACGAGAAAAUGAAGGGGGCCCGAGGGCAAAAGGAACAUCGUUUUUCCUGUGUGGCUUCUUUUCUUUUCUUUCGUGCUGUUUAAGUCUCUUUCAUUACGAACCACAAGGAAAAAAAACACCGAAAACCGCAUAUUACGCAGUUUACCACAGUUCCUUAAUGGAAAAAAGUAAUUAUUCAACAUAACUAAUUAAUUGAUCUUAGUGACGAUGAAAUUCAAAUUUACCCCUACUAAGAGACUUCCCCGAGGACCGAGUUUUCUGACUAGUGUUUUCUAGUAAGAGUUUUAAAGAACGUUUCGAUGAACCGUAAAAAUUCUGCCGCUUCGGCACGUCUUCACGUUUGGUUGUUUUUUUUUUUUUAAUUUGUUUAUUAUUUUAUUUUCUUCUAUUUUAUUACUAUUUUUUGGCAAAAUAUACUUUCUUUUUGCUGAAAAUUUAAAAAGCACCCAGCCUGGAAGAAGCGCUCACUCUCUGUCAGGGCCAAAAAUUCAAUAAGCGCUCAGGCCGCUUGAUCGAAUCAACACGGUAAGUUGGGAAGUGAAGUUUGACCGUCUUGUUUCAAAAGUCUCAGUUAAUUUCUUGAACUAUCUACGUUGACUAACCUUUCUAAAACUAAAUCAUUGGAUAUCAUUUGAAAUUUUACCUAGAAAAAUCCAUCGGGCUUAUGUAUGAUGGACACCACAAAAAUGGGCUAGGAGAAGGGUGGCCUUAAUCAGGACUCACGUUAACGGAUGUCAAUAUGCCUUCCUUUGUGCAGUCCAUGUGUGACCGUUCGCCCUGUAAGAACACUGGAAAAUGCAUUCCCUUGUACCAGAGAAAUGGAUAUAAGUGCAUCUGCAUGAAAGGAUUCACGGGAAGAAACUGCGAAACGGGUAAGAAAUGCUUAGAAUACUUUUUGUUAUUUUCGUUGUUUUGCUGUCCAUACUACAUAUCGUUGAUAUCAAUGAAUUGUUGUAUUGCACACACUGAUAAAAAAAAUCAUAUCUCCUCCAUAUGUAAACGAGUAUAAGAGCAUAAGAACAUUCCCUGUUUAACAACGGAUAGUGCAACGACCAAAUCAAUGCAUUCAACUGCAGUUGCCCGCCAGGAUUUGCCGGGAAUCGGUGUGAGAUUGGUUAGAACAGUCUUUCAGCUGUAAUUUCCCAUGCUCUAUUAUAGACAGGCUUCCUUGUUUUGAUGCGUCUUUUGAUAUUAUUCUGUUACAGACAUAAACGAGUGUAGGAGCAACCCUUGUCUUAACAACGGAACAUGCAAAGACCGAAUCAACGGAUUCAACUGCAGUUGUCCAGCUGGAUAUGCUGGGAAACGAUGUGAAAUAGGUGGGGAAAAAGAGUGGUAAAUGAUAGAACUGACAAAUAAUUUUUGUGGAUAUACUGUAUAACGUCUAACUCAUGGAAAUGAUGAACCAGCAAGUUGCGUGAAUGCUGACCUGAUUGGAUAAAGUUACGCGGGAGUUACGUCACUUGCCGCAAAACAAGUUUCUCAUGGGCCGGUAAAUUGCGCAAAAUACAUGUGCAGAUUUUGUUGUAAAAAGUAGAACUAUUCUUUUCUUUCUAUAACAACCUUUUUGCAGCCUGCAACAACCUGAUUUGUUGCAACAUAGGUUUAAUUCGUGGGUGGUAAAACGCCCAACAUCGCUAUUCAAAUCGUUUGGCAGCAAUGUUGCAAAAGAAGAAAGCGAAUUACACCUGCCCGUUUUAACUUACCUUAAAGGCGUUGCUUGAUUGUUAUGUUCUUUUCUUGAUGAACAUUUUUUUUUCUUUUUCCGCGAUACUCUCUCACGGCCUCCAAUUAAUUUUGUGAACUUUGUUCAAGAACCAUGUUUAAACUCUGCGAGAAAAGUCACUGAUUUGAAAACAUCUUUCUCCUUUAUUCACUUACCAUCACAUUUCCAUCAUUGCGCCCAAACACACAUAUAUCGACAUUCCGAUCCUGUUUUAGAAGCUUUCCACAAGUCUCUUGUAGCUCGGUGGUAGAGCAUCUGGACUAGUAACCACAAGGUCAUAGGUUGAAAUCCUACUGGGAGAACUCAGGUUUUUUCCUCCGAGCCGCUUGCCUGUGUCACUGACUGAAAAAUAUGUUUCUCACAGAGUUUUGUUAGAAGAGAAUUCAAAUCCCUGGCUAAUUCCUCGGCAUGAUAAACGUCGAGAAGUGUGGCAUUGUUAGUAGGGACUUUAAGAUCCAACACCGCGACAGCAACGAGAACGUCGCUUAAGAAAGCGAGAGUCUUUAUCGCGAUUAUCCCUACCAACUUACCUUGUCAAAUGUAGACGAACCCUACUGAUGUUGAAUUCCAAGCGACCAUAUCCAAGUCCAGAAAGAGAAAUAAAAUUUCGUCGUUGUUUGUUUAUGUUCUCCAUAAAACGCGAAAUUUUGGCAAUUUCAAGUCAUAGUCGUGCAAAAAUGGAAUAUAAAUGUACAAAAAAGUGUGAUGCACGUGCGAAGCUGUUGUUUUGCUAAUAGAACCUAUUGCUUUUUUUUUUUUGACGUUCUCGUAACAGUCGCGUCGUUGGAUCGUAAAGUCCGUAGUUUCACAAAGCACUCCGAGUCUUAAAAAUACAAACCUUUUGUGGACUAUGACUGUUGUACUUUAAUGUUCUUGAAGUUUGAGGACUUUAAGACUUGCAAAAAACAAUUGUAAAGCUAGUAGGUUAACUAUAACCCGUAAAAGGUGUUUACACAACUGAAAACAUCUUAGUUAAAACGACUUCCAAAAUCAGUGUACUAUAAUGAUAAAUGGCCGAAUCUUCUGACUUUUCUCCUAUGAAAAGAUCUGAGGCUACCAUCUCUGAUAGGUUGUUUGGUACAGUCAAACCUACAAGUAACGGCCACGUGACCGUUGUAGAGGGGGUUGUUUUAUACUUGAGGAACGUCCACCAGGAUGAUAAAAGUGAAGGAAGGUUGCCGUUACUAGAGGUUCGAUUGAAUUCGAGAGGGCGUAAUUACCGGUUUUUAUGUUCAAGAGUCAUUACCCGUUUGGACGAACUUGGGAAAACAUUUUUAGUUCGUUUGGUUAUGCGUCUAUAGUAUAACGACCGGCAGAAGUUGAGGCAUGCGUCUACACGAACUAUUCUUUAUUGGGUCUUAAACGAAGCACUACGAAAGGUCGUUGUCUGAACGCAUAAUGCGUGUGGGUGUUAAAGGAUUGGCAACAAAUGAAGCACGUGUUAAAACAAAUAAAACAAAAACUAUAGUGCCCAUUCUUUUAUAUUUUGCCGCGCGCAAGAUCUCGCAUUGAUCGUCUCUCGUAGUUCUUAACACUAACCAGACACUUGAGAUAAAAGACGAUUUAUCCGUACGGGACGGAUAAUGUUUUCUAACCUGGUCGCAGGUUAAUUUUGAUCAAGGCUAAAUUUUGCGAAGAUCUUACUUUCAGUAAUACUCUUUGAGUCGUUACGUCUGUGGAAGGUCAGAAUCUGUUUUCUGUCUGCCCUGGGCUUCACUUGCAUUUUUUCCAUGCCAAGUUUUCCUAGCUUAUGGAAGGUUAUCUUCAGAAUAGCUGUCUCAUUUCAUUUAACUAGUAUGAACAAGGAUUCAGGUCUGGGUCAAAUUCCCACAACUUUCUUUUUUGACUAAAUACUGAUUUGAAAGUGUUUGCCGUCAAUUUUGUAACAUCACCCUGCACUGGCAAUGCCAUGUGCGUUCUUUAUUCUGGAUUUGAUUUUUCCCGCAAAUGUUCGCAUAGACAGGGUCAUCACGACUUACCAUGUGGACUUCCUUUAGUGGACUGCGUAUACUUUGAAAGUAAUUUAUCCUUGGAAAAAAAUUGUCACUCAUCUCUGCCGUAUGAUUCACGAACGCAGGUUGGCUAGAGGAUGGCUGCACCAGAUAUAAACGCUUGGGAAACCAACUCAUAUUUUAUCAUUCACCCUUAGAUAUUAUCUCGAGUGUGGUAACACGGUUUCUUUCGCCUGCAAUUGGGAAUAACAGCAACUGGGCGCUGUGUUGGCAGGCCUCCACUCAUGGCUGGGCUGCCAGUACCUUUCACAACAAAUGCGAUGGGAAACGUCACACGAUUACAAUCAUCAAAAAAGACCAGUACGUGUUCGGAGGAUACACGAAUAUUCCUUGGAGUAAGUAAAACGUCCUUUUUGUCACUGAAAAUGGGAAUAAGGCACUUUGCUUGCAUAGUGCGUUUGUGGCUUGUGGUCUAUAGUCACUUUACUUCUAAUCUAAUGCCACAAAAUAAUUAAUGCCAAAAACUUACCUUUCCUUUUUGCUGCCUACAGAAGUUUCUACCUGAUUCUUCCCCUCUUUAAGAUGCCCUGAACCAGCAAAAAUACACUGCUCCUUCUCCGCCUAUUUGUGGCAAUAACAAAUGCGCGAUUGCGUUACAUCACUUGAAUGACGAUAACCUUAUAUCUUUGGCUAAUCUCGACGUCGCAUAAAACUCAGCGAGAAAAAGUUUAGUGAGUGACAAAGAUGAAUGUGAUACACUCACUGACAAUUUUUUUAAACAGGCUGAGAAAGACGGUCUUUCCUAUAAAUUUCUGUUACAGCUUCAUAUAAGUAAAGAAUACUUCGAUUUAUCAACGUUAAUUGUUUGGACUAACUAGAGCACGAGUCUUUUUGGUUUUUUGUUAUGUAUUAAUAAAAGUUAAAGUUAAGUUUACGAGACAUUAUUUUUAGUAUUUCUGGCAGCUCAUAGCUCUGAGAUUCGAGGGAAACAAAGUUAACUGUUACCCGAGGGACCAGUCUUUAAGUGAUUUGUUAUAUAGCGCACGAAGAAGAACAUUUUUUCGUGUACGAAUUUAUGAAAAUAAAUCUUGCGAGCGGUCAACAUUCGCGGGUAACAGUGCACUGUUACCCCCUGACGUCAUAGAUUUUACAAUGUUGCCCGCUCAGAGUUUUUGGCGUGAAACAGUUUCAUUGUUAGAUGUCAUGUGACCUCGAAGUAAACAAUGAGAGCUCGCGCUGUUGGUAAAAAAAUUCCAGCUAUAUAACAACAGUCAUAAUUCUCUGCUGAAAUUUUAUAUUAUUUUUUUUUUUCCAUUGAGCAUCAGUCAUCAAGACAACGAUGUUAUAUGUUUAAUUCAACAAGAAAGAAAAGUGGUGAGACACAAUGACUCAUCACCACGUUUACUCUUGACUUUAGGGCUUUGUCCUAACAAUUGGAUCCAUCUACAAGGUUCAUGCUACAGAGUCCCGUCAAAGAGUUUGAGCUGGACCGCUGCAAAAUCUGACUGUGAAGCUCAGGGGGCUAAGCUCGCCAUAGUGACAUCACAAGCCGAACAACAAGCACUAGUCUCGAAAAUAUCACAAAAUGUAUGGAUUGGUUUGGGGAGGGACCCCAAUGUCCAUUCACGUUGGUUGUGGGUUGAUGGAUCAAUAGCGACAUAUACUCACUGGUCUCCUGGAGAACCCAACGACGCUGGAGGUGUUGAGGAUUGCGCACAUAUGUUUCCUCCUGCAGGAAAAUGGAAUGAUCUAGCAUGUUCCGGCAGUCUUAAAUACCUUUGUGAAACCACUGGUAGGCAGCACCACGAUUGUGUGCUUAAUAUUGUACUAAUUAUUAUGGUAUAUCCAGUGUAUGGCUGCAGCUGGGAAGCAUCACAAUGUAAAGCUUGAUGAAUUACUCUUACUAUGAAUGGUUGACGUGUAUAUAAAUUUUAAAAGAGAAGCCUUUGACAUUUCCCUGGAUUUUAUCCUUGCAUUUAAUAUCAAUCACCGCUUCCCCUCCCCACCACCCCCCCCCCACAAAAAAAAAAGGGGGAGGUGAACAUUAUACCUAACAUUAGGGUGAUAGUUGUUUUACUAUUUCCGAAUCAGUUUAAAAACGAGAGCAACUUUUGCAAAUAAAAGAUUUCACUUUCUAAACCAAAAUUUAUCACUUUUUUGGUAUUUGUCGGUACAGAUGCCUUAUUUUUCGCUUAAAUAUCGCCUUCAGGAACUGUCGGGAAACGGAACGCGUAUUGACUCCUACCCUAUACAGUGAGUUAUUAGGAAGCUUAAGCAACAAGGACGGCGAUGGCUACGAAAACGUCACUUAUAAAGUGAAUUCGCGCUGCUUCAAACUUAUCGCCCUUAUUCCAUCUCGUUGAAUUCGUCAAAUGUUGCCAGAUUUUUCUGGAGUUGAAUGCUAAAAGACUGCAUCGAACUUCAGGAAAAGAAAGAGAAAGUCGUUGUCUUGUGUUCAAGUCCUCCACAAAACGAGAAAUUAGGCACUUUCAUGUUGUAGUCGUACAGUUACCUCAAACAAAUGUACAAAAAGCGUUAUGCACUUGCAAAGUUGUUGUUUUGUUAAUCUAAACCUAUUGCUUUUUUGCUGUUCUCGUUGCCGUCGCCGUCGUCGUUGCUUAAGCUUCCUAAUAGCCAAGAGUACUUUAAGUUACCCAAAAAUUGCUAUUCACUCAUUUGUUAAGGGGACUAUGUCACGUUAUUUGCUAUGUUUUUGUUUUUGUUUGUUUUUGUUUUGUUUUGAAUUGGAAAAUUAGUACAUGUAAUCCCAUUGUGUUAUUUGAGACUAACUUUAGGCAUUGCAACUGUUCCUUGUGGUCUGUUCAGUGCAAUUAUCGAUGACAACGAUAGACAUCAGAUUGAAACUUGGAAAAGUCGUGCCAACUUUUAAUGUUAUGACUACAAAAAUCCCACCAAAUUUAUUAUCGGUUAGUGCUCCCUGAUGAAAUUUGUUUGAUAUCUUCUUCAUAACUCGAAAGGACUAUUUUGUGUAAUGAGUAAACGCACAAUUCAAUUCUUGACUCAGAUUGACCUAAAACAUCAAUAUCCCUGUGACGUAUCCCCUUCAUUUAUAAAAAACUGAAUCAUUAGUAGUGCAAUUCAAAGUGGACAGACUGCAAAUUAUAGUAGUUGCUAAAAAACAUAUAUCUACGUGUCGCUACGUGAGCUUUGCUCAGCGAUCAUGGUAUUUAAGCAAAUAAUUAUACCAUGCUCUCCAAAUACGGUAACUGUACGCGACUGUACGCGACUGUACGCGUCUGCUCAAAAUUAAAAAAAAAAAACAACCUGAAAAUCGGUUGUUUUUACCAAAAAGUCGGAAAGAAUUCUCGAUAUUUUGUGGGCGUUUUUAAUAAAAAAAUUAUUCCACUCGCGUUUGUUGGAUAUGAGAUGAUUAUAGCCAACUCGAUAUUCAACGCGCUCUCGUGGAAUAAUUGUUAAAUUUUCUAUAGGGGGGUACGUCACGUUUCCUUUUGUUAUUGCUUUUCAGCGUUCGUGGAUGGAUACGAUUCGACUUCCAAGUCGUUUAUCUUCUCUCUCUUGGAUAAAGAAGGGCUUGGACCAUUUAAAAGCAUGGUGACGAAUACAUCUUUUGCAAUUUACCGUGAGCCAGGUUACGGUCCGACAUUUGGUGGGGGGCAUGACAUAUACAUCGCUGAUAAUGCCAAUCAGAAUGCUAAUUCCUACACUAAUUUUGGCAGCUCUUACUCUCUUCCAAAUGAAGUUGCAGACCGUUAUACAAUCCUGGCUGGAGCCCGUUACUUCUCACCUGACGAAGUUGAGGUAUUUUACCUCACUUGA